AGAAAACGCUUGGUAAUUUCAUCAUCUGGAAAAUAAAAUAAAAAUCAAAAAAUCGUUUAAAAACAAAUCUCAAUGUCAAAUGGCUCAACCACCGGAUGGAAGGCUGACAUACAUGACUCAGCAUCAAAGAGUUAUGGAAUGGUUGAAUAGUAUUGAUAGGCCAAAUGGUAUUCAUUUUUUGGAUAUGGAUGCAAAAUCGUUAUUGGUUUUAAUGAAUACGUUGGAUAGGAAAACGAGAUCAAACCUGGAAAAAUCAUGUAAAAUCCUUUUAUCAAUAUCUCGAAGUGAUAAACCUCAUUUACAACAACUAUGCCUCCAUUUCACAACAACAUGGAAUCAUGAUCAAUUUGCCGAAAUCACAGCGCAAUUUUCUCCGGAACACUCAUUCCAUUCUAUUUUCAUGAGCAAGAAAAAAUCACCGAAUUGGAUAACCGGAGGAUGGUCAAUUGAUCGACAGAAAAACAUCACAUCAGGCAUUUUUCAACCGGAAAAACUUCGAUUAAGUGCCACGUUUGUUGAAAGAACAUCGAGAUAUAUUGAGUAUUGGCUACGAAACUUCCAAAUCGACACGCUUCGGAUUAAAGUGGAGAAUUUGAUUCCAGGAAAAGAGAAUUCUAUUCAACAGAGCAACUAUACCGGUGAAAUUCCCCCGCUGAAACUUAAAAAAUUAAUUAUUCAUGGUGCAAAUAACAUUCGGUUUAUAAAUAAUUGGUUGGACAAUUUGGUUCCAAAUGCGAUUGAUCCAUUAGAUGACAAAAAGAAGAUCAUUGACGUGGAAUUUCUUGACGUGGGAAAGUUGGAUCAGAUUUUCCAUCAUUCUUUGAUGACGACCGGAAAAGUGAAUUUGACAUUCAACAGAGUGAGCACUCAUUUCACAAGAAAAACGUUGAAUUUUGUGAACUCACCUAUGAUCAAUAUUGUGGCAAGGCAGGUACCAUCAGAAGCUGUAAAUUCUUUUUUAAAACGCUGGUGUCGUGGAGAGAUCAUUGAAGAUUUUCAAUAUCUUCAUCUAAUGGAAACAACUCAAUGGCCAUCCCAACAAAUGCAUAUGAUGGAUGCACUUUCUGGAUUACGGUAUCAGAUAGUUGAUUUGAAGACUGAUGUCAAAUUGCGUAUCCUGGAAAAACAAAAGGAAUUUCCAAAACCUGCGCAAAUUUUUCAAAUAACUGGACCACGCCCCGGAUUCUGUGCUCAUUUUGGAAAUCAAUUCAUCUUUGAAAUUCCGAAGACCGAAGAUAUUCAACACAUACUCGUCAAUCCUCCAAUCAGCCAAAACACCUUUGAUGAAUACGAAAGACAGAAAAAUCGAAUUUAUAUGGAGUUAUUUCGUAAGAGAUUGAUUCGACUUUUUAAUUAAAAAAAAAGAAGAACAAAAGAAAUUAAAUUUGGCAAGCGCGUUUUUCAGUAUUAUAAGAACGCAGAAAAAUUCGCAAUUUUGAAAUCAAAGUGCAAGCGUGCUCCACGGCCAAAUAAAAAAUACUCCGUCCCCAAAAUUGGGUCUCGUUAGGUAUUUGGCUGCAAACCCAGCCAAUUCAAACAUUUGUGUAAUUUUUUCUGAACUCAAUGUGAUUUCAAAUAAUUUUAAGGAAUGAAAAAAUCCUCGAAAAUGCCAGAAAAAUAAAUAAUAACGGGAAUCAUCUAAAUUUCCUGUUUUCUCGCCAAUAUCUAACGAGACCCAUAAUAGAUAGGCGGAGCGUUUUAUUUGGCCGUGAAGCGAAAUUUCAUUUUGAUAUAAUAUUUGAAUUUCUCCACUUUCUAAACUAAUUUCGUUAUUUUCUUGACUGGAAAAGUUUUUUUUUACAUUUUAAAUUUUUUGCGAGCAGGUCUCAAUUAAAUUUCACUCAUUUUAUUCACUUCAAAAUUGAGGCGCUGGCGCUCUAAAUUCUGACUCUCUACGGGCAAAAUUGCAUAAUAAUUUUAAAAAAAAAUUAAAUUCUUGAAACAUCCGAAUCCCGUCAUUUUAUUGUCACAGUGCAUCUCAAUAUUAUUACUUUUGUUCACUUUUCACGAGCUUAUCCCCCCAAAUAUUGCUUUAUCUCAUUUAUAAUCAUAUUCGGAAAGGCUAAAUUCUGAGAAUGCGUAUUGUGCUUCAUAUCUGACGCGCAAAAUAUCUCGUAGCGAAAACUACAACAAUUCUUCAAAUGACUACUGUAGUCCGAUUUCGCGUAUUAUUUUUGUCAUGUAAUGCUUGAAUAUUUUUAAAAAAUUGGAGGAAAAUUAAAUAUCGAUGUCACAAUUAAAGAAGGUCCAGCCCGUAAAUCGACACAAGCGCUACAGUAGUCAUUUAAAGAAUUACUGUAGUUUUCGCUACGAGAUAUAUUGCGCGUCAGAUAUGAUGUGCAAUACGCAUUCUCAGAAUUUCGUGAUCCCGUAAUACGUUUCCUUUGUAUUAUCAUUUCCAGCUAACGGUUUUAACACUUUAAUUGGUAUUGUUUCUUGUGAAAACUCCAUAAUUAUUUAUUUAUUGUCUUUUAACUAGUUAAUUAGUUAACAUAUAAUUUCAAAGAGUUUAUUUUUUCUGAAAUAAAUUAUGCAUAUAAUC